GCAGGCAGAAGAAGAAGCUGCAUUAAGGGAAGUGCCGCAGUGUGUUCAGCUCUGUGGUGCUGCGUAGAUGUCAACCAGGGUUUUUAUCAGCUAAUCCGAAGAAACAUACUUCAUUGUUUUUUAAACUAUACAUAUAACGUCACAAAAUGGCCACUGAUUCGGGAUACGGCGGCUCACAAAGCUAUGGAUCAUAUAGUGGUCAGCCGGGCGGGCAGGGUUAUGGUCAAGGAAAUGGCAGUGGCUCUUAUGGGGGACAGAGUUACAGUGGCUAUGGACAGCAAGGUGCAGCACAAGACGGUUAUGGCCAAUCUCAGCCACAGAGCUAUGGAAGUUACGGUCAGGACUCAUCUGGGUAUGGCGAUAAGUCGACGUCUUAUGGGCAGCCAAGUUCCUAUGCUGGCCAGGGGCAAGCAGCAGACAGCUAUGGGCAGCAAAGCUCCUAUGGUAGCCAAGGGCAAGGAGGUGGCAGCUAUGGAAGAUGGAGUGAAAGUGAAAGUGGUGGUCAGGGUGGGCGGUUCGGACGUGACCAAGGAGACCGUUCAGAAGGAGGGGCCUACAGAGGCCGAGGCCGUGGUGGUUAUGACCGUGGUGGUUAUGAUCGUGGCGGUUAUGACCGCGGUGGAUACGACCGUGGCGGAAGAGGUGGACCUCCUGGUAUGGGAGGUGGUGACCGUGGUGGCUACAAAAAUUACGGUGGCUCUCGAGACUACGGCUCAAGGGAUGAACCAGAUGGUGAGCAGGACAACUCUGACAACACACCAUUUUUGUCCAGGGACUGGGAGAAGAUGCCACCGUUCAGGAAGUCGGCGACUUCUUCAAGCAAAUUGGUAUCAUCAAGAUUUCUUGAUGCAAUCUUCAAUUUCCUGCUGGUGUGGUACUAUUGUACAUUAACUAUCAGGGAAAGCAUCCUCAUUGCCAACGGCUCCAGAAUCAAAGGCUGGUGGGUUUCUCAUCACUACGUCUCAGCUUUUCUGUCCGGUGUAAUGCUGACAUGGCCAGAUGGGAACCUGUACAAGACAUUCAGGAACCAGUUCCUUGCUUACUUCUUGUACCAAAGUUUUGUUCAGUGUCUGCAGUGCUAUUAUCAGAGCGGGUGUCUGUACAGACUGCGAGCUCUGGGAGAAAGACACAACAUGGAUCUGACCGUGGAGGGAUUUCAGUCGUGGAUGUGGAAAGGGCUGACGUUUCUUUUGCCCUUCCUCUUUUUUGGUCAUUUCUGGCAGCUCUUCAAUAGCCUCUCUCUCUUCAAAAUGGCUCAGCUCCCAGACUGUAAAGAAUGGCAGGUCCUGAUGUGUGGUCUCUGCUUCCUUAUUCUGUUCAUGGGAAACUUCUUCACUACUGUCGCCGUGGUCCGCCAGAAGCUGAAGAGCAGGAAUCAGAAACUAAAGAAUAUGUGAUAUAUACUAAUAAAUGAAAAAAAAACAACAUC